UUUUGCGUCGGCCGACGGCGGCGAGAGCGCGCUGAGGGGGAUGCGCCCGCCGCGCCUUUAACGGAGGGGGGGCGGAGCCUGAGGAGGCCUGAGACACACAGAGGGUGUUAAAGAGACAGCAAGACGCAAUCCUGGGGUCCCCCCCACUUUUCCUCUGCUAUCAUGGACACCGCUGGUCCUCUCAUCCACGUGGACUUCCCAGAUGUGGCCAGCUCUCUCCUGGAAAGCCUCAACCAGCAGCGAGUGGAAGGGAAGCUGUGCGACGUAUCCAUCCAUGCACAAGGCCGCGUGUUCCGCGCUCAUCGCGCCGUGCUCGCCGCUUCUUCCCCAUACUUCCACGACCAGGUGCUUCUUAAAGGCAUGAGCUGCGUGGCUUUGCCCGGUGUUGUAGACCCGGGGGCGUUUGAAGCUGUUUUAUGUGCUGCCUACACGGGACGCUUGACAAUGUUGGCAGAUGAGAUUGUCAACUACCUGACAGUGGGAAGCGUGCUCCAGAUGUGGCACGUGGUGGACAAGUGCUCGGAACUUCUAAAAGAGUCUCGUGCCAACAGCAGUACUGGAAGCAUGGAGGGAGCCGGGAGCAGCCAUGGUCCAACGCCACAGAGACCUCACUCCGGCAGAGCCAGCGAGAACCAGUCCCCCAGCAGCAGCAACUAUUUUAGUCCACCAGAACCAUGUACAGAGAGGAGUAGGAGAAGAAGCGAAGUCACGAGCGAAGCAGCAGAAGAAGCUGGCAUAGAAGAAGAGCCAUCUGGAGAAGAAGCCUCUGUAGCCAGCUGCUCCAGUUAUCGAAGGCCCAGCAUUGUUCCUCAGAGACAUUGGGUGUAUGUCAAGAAGGAACGGCCUCACCAGGGUCUGCUGCUGACAUGUGAAGGUGAGGAAGAAGAAGAUGAGGAAGAGCUUGAAGAAGAUGAAGAAGAAGAACAGCUGAGUAUCAGUGAUGUUCGCACCCUCAAUGCUCCGGAAGAACAGGUAAAUUUCUGUGAACCUUCAGAUGGAAUGCCUUAUGAUGAAGCAUCUGGCAAUGGCACUGGUUACCCACAGGGACCUCCUCUUCUGCCUCUGGACAUGCAAGGGAAUCCGCUGCUGGUGAUGCCUUCAGGACACGGUGCAGCUGGGCAAGGUGGGACAGGAACGAGUCAAGGAGAAGGCGGCAAAAUCUUCCUAUGCCAUUGUGGAAAAGCAUUCUCCCACAAGAGUAUGCGUGAUCGGCACGUCAAUAUGCAUCUCAACCUGCGCCCAUUUGACUGCCCUGUCUGUGGGAAAAAGUUUAAGAUGAAGCACCACCUGACUGAACACAUGAAGACACACACCGGGGUCAAACCGUACGAGUGUGAAGUGUGCGCCAAGAAGUUUAUGUGGAGAGACAGCUUUAUGAGACAUCGUGGUCACUGCGAGAGGCGGCAUAGGGCAGGGGCAGGGGGUGGAGGAGGUGGAGGCGGGCAAGGGAUUAGCGAGCCUCCAUCUGUGUAACACUGGUGGGGGGCAGAGAGUGGAGGCAGAGGGGAGAAACAAGGUGUAAAAGUACUGAUUAGAACUCAAUAGGAUGAAGCACUAAAGUCCCAUUUAGGUGUGGAAAUGGUGCCGAAGAUCAGAGCUGAGGGUUGGGACCCCAUUACUGGGCCCUCAGAGGUUCUUCUUGACGACAGACCAUGACUUGCCUUCUGCACUUCGCCCUCUCAGCAAUAUAAUCUUCCUGCACUGCCUGUUGAGUCUCCUUCAGCCCCUCUUGCCCACUCAAGCACAAGCUGCCCCUUCACCAUAAGACUUUAACCCUUGAAUGGUCGCUUUGCGCUGCCCACAACUGAUGCACAUGGUGAAUGCUGUGUCUUUCAGUAAUGUAUUAUAAGACGAUAGACGCUGCAUCACAGACCUUGUAUUUACUGAACAGUAGGCAUCGGCCUCAUGUUCCUUCUCCUUUGGACGUGGUCAAGGCCAUGUGAUGUGAAGGAAUCUUGAUAGCUGUACAGUAUUUUAGUUUUUACGCAAAAUGGUUGUGAUGAGUUAGGACUCCCCCAGUCCCAGCCUUCUUCUCCAUCUGCACAUCAUUCAUUGAGGGAUGUUUAGGAAAAUGAGCGCUAGGCUAGAAGCCAGAAUUCUGCUGUUCAGAAGUAGGGACCUUGAGAAGGACCUGUUCAUCUACGUUCACCCAAUGAUAAAAAUGACCCAUAAUAUCUAUAGGCUCCUGGAUAUGUCCUGUUAUGUGAGGAGCAGAUACAGACUCGGGAAGGGAUUGACCAUAGACGAAAUGGGAGUCUAGAGGUUGAAGCAUUUCUUGGAGAUACCUGGACUCCUUGUUUGGUUAGGGUUCCUAGACUGAUUCUAUUGACCUAGAGCACUCUUAUUGGCCAUCCCGCUUCUAUAACCCUUUAGAAUAUAAGCUAAUAAAAUAUUGGGUAAAAACGGGGACACUACAGUAUUUGACUCUUGCAGACCUGUCACCUGGACACAUUGGAGACCACCAUUUUUUUGGCCAAAUGAUCAUAGGGUGUAUUGAAAUCCUGAGCCCACCGACCAUUGUCCGAUAAGUUACUGGUUCCUGUAAUAUUCGUAGACUUUAUAAAUAGAAGUACAAUCCCCAACAUGGAUGAUUCCUUUGUGUGCCGGUGUCCGGUCUUCUUCAAAGUGCACGAGUCACCUAUAUGGUUGAAGCAGCCAUGACAGUGGUCAUCGAUGAGGCAGAUUCUGCUUCCCCUUGGACUUUAGCCUAGCCCGUUGUUUAAUAUGGGUAAACCUACGACUGCCAAUCUGGUACAUUGGACUGAUGUAUGUGAACGAAUUCCAUGUCUCGUCUGGAGAACGGAGCAGAAACGUACAUUGUCUAAAUGUAUCUAAGAUGAACUCUUUUUAUUGUCAAGUAACACAACCAGGGAAUACAUCUACAGAUAGAGGAAUCGGGCAUCCUCGCCUUCACUUACUAUAUUUCUCUAUACACAUAUUUGUGCAAUAAGGCUACGUUGUGGUUCUAGACUGCUAGGCAGAUACUAAUAUUUAUACCCGCCACAUAUAUCAUGUAUACCGUGAGGUAUACAUUGUUACUAUUAUAUCCGCAACGCAACAGUUACAGAUGUGUCAUGUAUGGAGGUAGGUUACGCAUAUGGUGUCAAUUUCAGUAAACCAGGUCUGAAACAUUCGCUCCGAUGCAUUUAAAGGGGAACUCCGGUACAUAACUGAGGAUAGUGGAUAAGAUGUUAUGUACUGGAGUUCUCCUUUUAAAAUAAUAAAGUAUACAAACAUGUAAUGUUUUAUGUAUACUGCUUCUAUGCAGGGCUAUGUGUCGCCAUAGCUACAGACUACAAAGACUGAUCCUAGAAAGAGUGGAAUAACACUCCUGAAGGAUCAGAUUACACAGCCUUUGUGUAAUCUGUUAGGACCAGUUCACACCGGCAGUGUCUGUCUGCCCAGAAUUUGUCUGGGGUUCGAAUUCUCAGAGUCCACGUACUUUUACCGCAGGGGACACAUAGCCCUGCAUGGGAGCUGCAUACCCAAACAUUCAGAGAAUUUUUACUCAAUAGUUUUAAUGUUUCGUUGUUUAAUAUGAAUAAUUUUUUUUUUUUAUACAUUAUACGCAAUUUUAAGUAUUUUAUAAGGGUAUGUUCACAGUUAAUGGUAACAGGGUUACAUGGGGUUAAAGAUUUAGCUGCACUUUUGCCGUUUUUUGCUGCAAUUUAUUUUAUAUAUUUUUUUUUUCAAAUUGACGUGAUUUCUGAAAAUCGCAGCAAGAAACGCAACACAAUUGCACUGUGUGAAUUGAGAUUCUUCUGGCUGCACUACUUACGAUUGUGAUGUUUCGCUGCUGCUGCAUCACAACAUCAGUAACCGUUUUUGUAUGUUUUUUUUUUUUUUUUUUUGCUUCUUUUAGGGUAUGUUCACAAGUGCGUAUUUUUUUUAUUUAUUUUUUGCUGCAUAUCAUCUGCUGCAGAUUUUGCUGCCCAUUAAUUUCAAUGCGUAAUCUGCAGCAGAAAAUAUGCACGUGUGCUAUGUUCACACGGGUGGAUUACCUGCAGUUUUUCCGCUUCGUAUCUGCUGCGGAAAAUCCGCUGCGGAUUUUGCUACCGUUGACUUCAAUGGCUCUGAAGAAAAAUCUGCAAAUCUUUCUCUAUCGCAGAUUGUCUGCUGACCCAUUGAAGUCAAUGGUAGCAAAAUCCGCUGCGGAUUUUCUGCAGCAAAUAUGCUGCGGAAAUUCCGCAGGUGAUCCGCCCGUGUGAACGUACCCUUAGGGUAUGUUCACAUGGGAAGAUUACUUGCAUAAAAUCUGCAGCGGAUUUUGCCACUAUUGCCUUUAAUGAGUCAGCAGAAAAUCUGCAAUGGAGGCAGAUUUACAGAUUUCCCUUUGACACAUUGAAGUCAAUGGUAGCAAAAUCCGCUGCGGAUUUUCUGCAGCAAAUACACUGUGGAAAUUCCGCAGGUAAUCCGCCAUGUGAAUGUACCCUUAGGUUGUAUUGAUGCUGGGGUUUUGUUUGUUUUUUGUGUGCAUUUUUGUUACAUUUUGAUGGACAGGGUGAAAUUGCAUUAGAAAACCACAUUCAUUAUUAUAAUUUUUAAAAAAAAAUUUUUAUGUUGGAUCAAGAAAAUAGGAAAACUGAUGCACAUUUCGGGCACCAUUUUCGUACACAGUAAAGCUGGUUGUGUCUUAGUCACCAAUGAUAAGGUUUCUUGAAAGUGACGCCAGUGCGGUAACUUGUCACCUUGAUAUACACACAGUACAUAGCAAUAUUAGAGGACGGGUAUAUAUGUGUACAGUGAUGGAACGUCACAUUGUGUACUGUGCCUUUAGUGCCUGUGCACAUGUCGAGGUAUUACAAAUCAUAAAAUUUUUUUUAUAUAUAUAUAUAUAUAUAUAUAUAUAUAUAUAUAUCUCAAAUAAUCACAUGCAUGAAAAAAUGAUAUAUAAAAUGCGUUAUCAUGAAACAUUUGUGCCGAAAACUAUAACUAUAUCACACAAGAAAAUAUUCACCCGACACGUGUUUUGCAAGGUUUCUUCUUCCAGGGGUGUUAUAUAAAAAAUAAUUUUAAUUUCCAAGUGCUCCUAGUCUCGUUCAAAACACUUGAAAAAGGAAACUACUUUUACAAGAGUAAAUGUUCUGAAGGCUGAUUCGUUAGAUUUGGUUUUAGCAAAUUUUACUAUAGAUCUUGUGAAUUAUGAACUCAACCAGGAGAUCAUUGUCAGAAAAAAAAGAGGAAAAAUGUUUGCAGGACCCACAGUAGGGUUAUAGAUUAAGAUAAUUGUAACAAAGCUUAUUUAAAGGAGAACUCCAGAAUACGAAAAUUGUCCCCCAUAC